CCUGCACAUCGCUGGACAAUAUGGGGAAUUAAGCUCAGCCAAGGCCGGGGCUGCCACAAGGCCGGAAGUCUUUCCCAGAAAUAACAGUUGAUGGUGCCCUCACCAAGAUGGCCGCCCACGCUCCCCAAGACAACAGGCGCCUGACCCUCACAAAGAUGGCGGCCGUUGCCGGGCAACCCGCGAGGUCCUUCCCUAGUGAAGUAAACACUGGGCCUGUGAGGAUUUUAUUCGAGGCCUCAGGCCUCCCCCUAGGAGUUUAUAAACUCCCCAGUCUCCCUCCUCCCGCGGGUCCCAAUCCUACCCUGUCUCACUGUCUCCUCUCCCCGGGGGCAGGAGCCAGGUCUUGGCGCUCGGGCCUGGCGACCUUCCCCGGGAUGUUCCUGAAACCUGGUCCUGUUCUGAAGGAGGAUCCCCGGACCCGAAACACCUCCUCACAUUUCUCCCCACACAUGCUACCAGGCCUGCUCAGCUUUUCCAGCGGCUCCUGUUCUUGUUCCUUAAAUCGCCGGCGCCAUUUCUCUCCCACAAACAGUCACACUGUCUUUGUCCCGCUGCAGGACCUACACUGCACAUGCGCCAGCUCUCAAGGGGCGGGGAUUCCGGUGCAUGACGUCUUCACCGGAGGGGGCGUGGUUGGAGGAGUCCACCAACCAAUCGGAGACGGUGGGGGCGGGGCGAUCGUUUUGCCGGCCCCCAGCCACAUGAAGGGGUUUGAAAAACGUUUUGACUUUUUAAAAAACUUUUCAGCCUGUUCAGAAAUAGUAUUCCAGACCUCUGGAUGGGUGAAGCAUUGAACUUUCAAACAUAAACAAAGGGAUACUAAAAAAAUUAAUUAAAAUAGAUGAGAUAAAUUACAAAAGUAAC